UCUGCCUUAAACAGGUAUUCUUUCUCCCAUUGUAUGCCCAAAUUCUGGAGAAAGCCAGUCAGAGUCACCGUGGUCUCAUCCCUCAUCCAGUGCUAUAAAAUCCACAGAGAGGAACAAGGACCCAAUUUCUCCAGGCCUUUGAAACACCAAGGAUGAGAACCCCAGCUCCCCGAGGCUCCCUCCUGCUGCUCCUGGUUGCCCUGGCUCCAACUCUGACCCAAACCCGUGAGGUCCCUGGAGAAGGGAGGAGGCUUGGGUUCUUAUCACGCACACUGUCCCCAGGCUCACACUCACUACAGUAUUUGGACAUCGUUGUGUCCCGGCCUGGCCUCCCGGAGCCCCGGUACAUCUUUGUUGGCUACGUGGACGACGUACAGUUUGUGCACUUCGAUGGUGAUGCUCAAAGUCAGACAAUGGAGCCACGGGUGCCAUGGAUGGAGCGGAUAUCGCCAAAGCGUUGGGAGCAAGAGACACUGGGAGUCAACAAACAUAAAGCUGGAGAGCUCCUACAGGUGGCGAUCCACGAACACAAUCAGAGCCUGGACGUCUCUCACACUUUACAGUGCUUGACUGGCUGCACCAUCGGGCCGGACCGGCGCUUCCUCCGAGGGUACAGUCGGCAUGCCUAUGAUGGCCAGGAUUACGUAGCCCUGAACGAGGACCUGAAAAUGUGGAGGGUGGCUGACUCAGCGCCUCAGAUAACCCUGCAAAAGUGGAAGAAUUCUAUUCCGGCAGAGUUCCUCGGGGCUUACCUUGAGGUGGAGUGCGUGCAGACCCUCCUCAGACAUCUGAAGAUGGGCAAGGAUCUACUGUUGCGCGCAGAUCCCCCAAAGGCACAUGUGACCCAUCACCUCAGACCUGAAGGGGACGUCACCCUGAGGUGCUGGGCUCUGGGCUUCUAUCCUUCGGAGAUCACCCUGACCUGGCAGACAGAUGGGGAGGACCUGAAUCAGGACAUGGAGCUGGUGGAGACCAGACCUUCAGGGGAUGGAACUUUCCAGAAGUGGGCAGCUGUGGCGGUGCCUUCUGGGGAGGAACAGAGAUACACAUGUCAUGUGGUCCAUGAGGGACUGCCCAAGCCUCUCACUCUGAAAUGGGGUAAGGAGGAGAAUAGGCAUGGAAUUUGUUGGUAG